CAAAAAAGUAACCUAUCAAUCCCCUGAAAACCAACGACCGCCUCCAUCGCUCGAGACGCUGUAUUUUCUCGAGCCUGUAUUACGUCCGGGGUUUAUCCUAUAAUUCGUCGGGUGUGGAAUACUUGCAGUACCUCCUAUCUACGGCUCUCACUCUCUCGACCGUAUUACCCUCUCAGCAACCUCCCGAUACCCUGUCCUGCCUCCCGUUAGCUGUACUCGUACUGUACCCCCCCGGCCUUGGCUUUUCGCGCGAUUUCUUACCUCCAUCUCCAUACAUUCUUUCGCGAGCCUCAUUCUUACCACCCCCCACCGCACACACACACUCCUCGGUGCCUACAUCACUACCGCUAUCGAUCGCAUUCUACCCUUUUCACCAUGGGUGUUAUUAAGAAGAAGGCCGCUAACCCGGGCCGUGUCGAGCCUGGCGUGCGUUACCAUUGUGACGUUUGCAACGGCGACAUCACCUUUACUGUUCGCAUACGCUGCGCUUCCAACGUUUGCACUGAUUACGACCUCUGUGUACCAUGUUUCACCUCUUGUGCCUUUAGUGGUAACCACAACCCGGCAAGCCACCCAUAUCAGGUUAUCGAACAGCACUCCUACCCUAUCUUCGCAGAGGACUGGGGAGCAGAUGAGGAGCUUUUACUGCUCGAAGGAGCGGAAACUUACGGGCUUGGGUCAUGGGCGGAUAUUGCGGAUCACAUCGGAGGUGGCCGGGAUAAAGAAGAGGUCAAGCAGCAUUACCUAGAGACCUAUAUCAACUCGCCCAAGUUCCCAUUACCUCAGCAUGCCGACCCGGCCGACACGACUUAUGGCAGCGUUAGCAGGGAAGAAUUCCAAGCACGAAAAAAGCGCCGGAUUGAUUUGAGAAAGAAGGAAGCUUCCGAGAGUGCGCCGACUGUUCCUAAGAAGAAGCCGACUACAUCACAGCCUGCCUGUCAUGAAAUUCAAGGGUAUAUGCCCGGUCGAAUGGAAUUCGAGGCAGAGUGGGAGAAUGAAGCGGAAAUGGCCGUUAAGGAUCUGUUCUUUGAACCUGGCGAGGGGAUUAAUCCAAUUACCAACCUACUUGAGCCGGAGGUUGAACUUAAGUUGGCAGUAAUGGAUAUUUACAACAACAAGCUUACACAACGCGCUCAACGUAAGAGAGUUAUGUAUGAGCAUAAUUUGUUGGACUAUAGAAAGAACUCUGCCAACGAGAAGAAGAAGCUGAAGGAGGAACGUGAACUUUUAAACAAGGCUAAACCCUUUGCUCGGAUAAUGAAUAGGCGGGAUUUUGAUGAAUUCUCCGAGGGGCUCGUGAACGAGCAGCUGCUCAGGCAAGCGAUUUCUCAGCUUCAGGAGUGGAGAAGAAUGGGAAUUGAGUCGUUGGAAGCGGGGCCGAAAUAUGAGAUGGAGAAAGCGCAGAGGGUUCUUCGGAACAAACUUGCUCCACUGGAUCGCUUGGCUCAUAGAUAUGCCUCGAAAGCUACUCCCCCUGUGGAAACGCCGCCGGUUAAUCCAUUGGUAGCGCCAAAGGCCCAUUUGACAUCAGCGCCACAGGACCUAGCUGCGUUGUCGCCAACACCAGCCAAUAAUGUUCCAACUUCGCCCUCUCCCAUGAUGAUGAAUGGAUUAGUGAAGAAGAAUAUUGCGAACGGUUUAAAUGGCACGAACAAUAUUAAUGGUGCUGGCAGUGGUGCGGUAAACCCACCUUCGUACCCGCCGUUGCACUUAUCGAAUGAGAACGCGGCAGAUCUUCACCUCCUUACGUCUGCGGAGCAGCAGCUGUGUGAGACUUUGAGGAUAAAACCGAAGCCAUAUCUCUGCAUGAAGGAGGUAUUGAUGAAAGAGGCUAUGAAACAUGGUGGCAUACUCAAGAAGAAGGCUGCUAGAGAUCUUUGCCGCAUUGAUGUUAAUAAAGUAUCCAAGAUUCAUGACUUUUUCGUCUCUGCCGGGUGGAUAGGCAAGGCCUAG